AUGAAGUGCUUUUCGAUCGUCAACCACCUGACCCUGCUGGCAAGCCUCGCCACUCUCUUCUACGCCGACCGAAUACAGUGCGACAAGGUCAUGGGGUUCCAAAUCAUAGUCCCGUAUGGCAAGCUUGAAAUCUGGGAAGGCCCCUUUGCGGAUUAUUUGACCUUCGAGGGCACUGACGGAGCCAGCAAGUGGGACAUCCAGAAGUACGGUGGCGCGGGCAACAUUGUCUCGCUCACGGGUGUCACCAACGUGGGAGAUCGGCAGUACUGCCGGAACACCGUUCGAAACCUGUUCGAAGCCUGCAAAGAGAUGCUGCUCGGCGAAAGCGGUGCCACCGAACCGUUCCAUGUCGGCAAAUACUGGCUGGUUGCGGGUCUGAUCGCUUUCGGUCGCCGCAAGAAGGGCACGAAUCAGCUGUCCCUCGGCGGUUAG